AUACAUAGUACAAGGACUUUUUGUCAGAAUUUGACCCUUUUAUUACUUUCUUUUAACGACUCUCCUUCUUCACCUUAAAUUAUAAAGGCCUGAAUGGAUCUUGGAGAUUUCCCACCACUGGGGAGCCGCCCAAUGAUACCGUCGGCUGCUCCGCCGUUGCCAUAAAAUUAGUAAAAGAGUAAUGGCGCAACCUUUUAAACUAAAAGUUAACACCCUCCUAAACAAGCUCGGCGAUCGAGACACCUUCUCUCUCGCAGCUGCUGAGCUCGACUCCAUUGCUAGAAACCUUGAUGCCACAUCACUUCCGACUUUCAUUUCCUGUAUUCUUGCGGUCGAUUCCUCCGAUAAAAGCGGAGUGCGAAAGCAAUGCGUGAAGCUCAUUUCUGUUUUGGCUGUUACUUAUCCGAAUUCUCUCCCUCAUUUCCUCCCUAAAAUCCUCUCUAGCCUCCUCCGUCGCCUGCGGGACCCCAAUUCCGUUGUCCGUUCCGCCUGCGUCGACGCCGUCUCAGCUCUCUCCGUUAACCUCACCAAGUGCAACUUCUCAUCUUCGUUUUUGAAGCCUUUGAGCGAUGCGCUUUUCACAGAGCAAGAACCGAACGCGCAGAUCGGGGCGGCAUUGUGUUUGGCGGCGGCGAUCGAUGGAUCACCGGAUCCAGAUCCAGUUAGGCUGGGGAAGAUGUUAACGAAGCUGGAGAAACUCGUGAAAGUUGAAGGUUAUAAGGCUAAGGCGGCAGUUUUGGUGGUUAUCGGGAGUGUGAUCGGAUCGGGUGGGGCGUCAAAUUUGGGUGAUGAGAUGAUGAAAGCAUUGGUGGGGUGCUUGAUUGGGUUCUUGAGUAGUCAUGAUUGGGCAGCGAGAAAGGGAGCGGCAGAGGCGCUUGGGAGGUUAGCGGUGGUUGAGAGAGAUUCAUUGGCUGAGCUCAAAGCUGGUUGCAUGAAAGUCUUCGAGGCUAGAAGAUUUGAUAAGGUAAAGGCCGCCAGGGAGGUUAUGAGUCAGAUGUUGGAGGCGUGGAAGCAGGUUCCGGAUGUUUCAGAAGAGGCGUCUCCACCGCCUCGAUCACAGGCUUCUUCGAGAGAGAAUGCAAGUGAUGGAUGCGGUCCGCCUGGUGCCAAAAUUUCAUCUAAUUCGGAUAUCGCUGUUAAGAAGCCUACUUCAACAAAAAGGUCAACUUCACCUGAUAGUUCCUUUGCAACCCCAGGGAGGAAGAGAAGUCCUUUAAAGCCAACCACUCAAGAAACGAAUGGCAAGAAGCCCCUAGACCGGAGGGUUGAUAUUGCUUCUCCUCUUGCUGCUACUCUGCCAAGGGCUCGUGAGAAUGGUUUUAAGGAGAGGAGGAAUAAUGAGAAUGCGAGAUCUGCAAAGUCUGAAAUAAGGCGGUCCCUUUUCAGUAAUAAGAAUUCCGAUGACAAGACGCACAAAAUCAGUGGUUCAAAGUCUGGCUCUCGUGUUGCUCCUUGUCAAGAGGAAAUCCCAGAAUCCACUGUUAUGGUUAGUACUGCCUCUGAAAAUCUCAGCUCAAACCACAAGGACUGCGAGGAUUUAUCUUUGAUCCGCACCCAACUGGUUCAGAUAGAAAAGCAGCAAUCUAGCCUACUAGAUCUUCUACAGAGAUUCAUAUGUAGCUCACAGAAUGGGAUGAAUUCACUGGAGACACGUGUGCAUGGUCUAGAAUUGGCUUUGGAUGAGAUCUCGUAUGACUUGGCUGUAUCAACUGGAAGGAUGUCUACUUCCAGCCGGACCACUUGUUGCCUACUACCUGCUGCAGGUUUUCUGAGAUCCAAGUUCUGGAGGAAAACAGGGAUGAACACAAAUGGUACCUCUACGUUUUCUACAUCCAGUUGCACCCCAUCCGCUGCUGCCACACAUUAUAGAGCUUAUAGAAAUUGCAAUGAAACAUUUGAGAACCAUAGGUUACGACUUCAAGGAGGUGGUGGAUUUAUUACGAAUCCAUUGGCAGAAAUUCAGUGACCACCAGAAGCUGCAGGUAUUGGACAUUGCAUUUUACCUUUUGUCUUUUAGUCCCAUUUUCAUUUAGACCUGAUAAAAUGUCAAUAGAUUCUACCUCUUUUUUCAGUACAACAACUAUUUGAUAUGUUCCUUCAAAUUCAUGCUUUCAGUUUCAGUUACAGGAGCACCUUCUCUAAUUUAUUUAGCUACCCAGUAAUCAACCUUGUAUUCUCAUGAGCUUACAUUUUUCAUGCAUCAGGCAUCAUAGCCCGUCUAUGUUUUUUUAUCAGUAGUAAGGCAUUUGACAUAUUCUUUUUCUUUCUCGACAUUUAUGGUUAAGGUUCGAUUUUCUCUUUUAACAAGGCUUCUGAGUUGCAUUCUAACUGAGUCCUUGUAGGCUUGCUGCAUGACUGGGACUUGGAAGUCACUCAAAUUUCAGUCAAUUGUGACAACAAAUAUGAUGAUCAACUUAUAUAUAUAUAUAUAUGCUCUAUUACGAAGUAGUCUAUAGCAAAUUGCUUACCGGAGUUCUUAUGCAGUUCGUUUUAAAUUUACCUCACACAAUCUACCGUCUUGCGUCCUCCAGAGAGAUCACAAGAAACGGUAUCAUCUAUUAAUAUACUCAUUUAUAGUUUAGGCCCCCAUUUUAUCCCCCCUUUUUCUUUUUCUUUUUUUCUAAGAUGUUGAGGCAUAUGAAGAGUGGAGAUAGAUGGGCUAAACCACCUGAUUUUCUCCAGCCUGUAAUAGAGUGUGAAAAUGUGUAUAGCUUUUCUCUAAUGUUUUUUGGAGCACUAUUUUUCUUCAUAUGGUAAAUUCUUUCUUUUCUUUACAGAUAAUCUGAAAUUGCAAUCAUGAUAAGUUGACAUAGAUGAUGAGCAUCCUUAUACAGGGAAAGUUAGUUGUUUAAUAAUGAUGGAGGGGUCUGAUUUAAGUUAAUGCAAACAAGAAAAAUGCUAAUUUGACCUAACCCUUUGUCCUACAUUACAUAAAAAGGUUCCUUAUUGCUAUUGGUAUACUAUUAUAAUGAAUUUGCUUGCAGAUUUGCGUUGUAUAAACCACACCAGAAAUAACUUUGUGAUGGUGGGCAUGAUUAUUGUAUCUUGUUAUUUUAUUUUUAUUGUCUUUUUGCGUGUGUAUAUGUGUCAAAAACUUGAUCAUGUGUGAUGUAUUCAUCUUGCUUAAAAGUGUUGUAACGUAUUUAUUUGAUUGUUUUCAUGUUUAUUAAACAUGUCUGGAAAAUAAAAGUUUGUAGGGGUAAAGUAAUUAAUCAA